UUCCGGGUCGCCAACUGCGGGCGCAGGUAGUGCAUCCUCUGUGCUCAUAGGGCAGAUCGUCCUUAUCCCAGGUGAGCCUCAACCGCACACCCUUAAGAGACAACCUCAUCCUUCGCAUCCUGCCUCUUCACUACUUCCAACAGGGCUCCUUUCAACAGCCAGGGCCUGUGCUCUCAUCUCUUCGAUUUCGGAACCUUGCCCCGCCGAACUGCUUUCUGCUUGUUCCGGUCGCUCGUUCGCCACUGUCUCGAGAACUUGUACGCGGUAUCGACCCGUUAUCAUCAACGACCAUGGCUAUCGUCCCAAUAAUGUCGCCCCUUGAAGCAGCGGCGCCUGUGGUCCCACAAAGCACCGAAGAAGUGACUGCCCAGAUGAACAAAGUAUCCAUUGAUCCCGUGGCGACACCUGAUCGUUCUCGUGUCGCUACCAACUCGGUUCGGAUCACGGUUCCUAUCGACGCUACCUCGAGGCAGGCAAGCAUCGCUAAGUCGGGCAUAUACAGCGACCGCAAACUCGUGCGUCGCGACAGCCUGGAACGUCGCGAAGCCUUCCUCAAGGGUAAAGAGGGUUCGCGGCAACGACGGCGUUGGGAAAAUGAUCGCCUUCUGUCCAACCCUUGGGCUGUUCCUCCUCUGCCCUCCGACUGGGAAAUCCGUCCUACGUACCCCCGACGCACUGUCCCCUACUAUCUCGCCCCGCUAUGGGAUGCCGCCGAGUUUCAACGCGCCGUUGAAUCCAAACUCAAGGGUCGCCGGAACAGCACUCGGCCCCACGGGAGACGUGUGCAGAACACCGGCAUAAGUCCUAUGGAAGAAGCAGCGAUCAACAUCCCGAAGGAAGUGCGGGCCAAGCUCAAGCGCGCCAAAGCAGCCAAGGGACUGCUCCAGGAUCUGGAGGAAACAGUCCGGGCAUUCGUGCGGCAGUGGAACGACAGAGAAAUCCGUCUUCGAAGAGAUGGUCUGCAUGACAUUCCUCUGACAAGCGACAGUGAGGAUGAGGAAAUUGUUUUCAUUGGCAGAAAUGGUGCUAUGCACGACUCAACCAGCAAGGAGCAGAAGGACAAGGGGGAGGCGGGAUGGGAUCAAGACGGGACGGUCGGCACCGAAAAGAUGGUCUUCGAGGGUCUGGAUAAAGACAAAGGCGCCGCUUUUGCGAGAUGGCUGGUUCAUUGCGUGGGCAGCUACUACGGCUUGCGAACCUGGAGUGUGACGCGUGACAUUGAGGGUGAGGAGAAGAGAAGACAAGCCUAUGUGGGCGUGGACAGCCGAGCAAGAGGAUUUCUGGGCCGAGGCGUCGAGGUUGGUCGCGAAAUCGAACUUCCACGCCCGCUGUGGGGGAUGGUGUGAAGGUGAUCCGAACUGCGUUUCCACAGCAUUCAUUGUAGUGGCCGUCAAAGCUGGUGAUCUGUAUACACCACUCAUCUGUGAGUUUCUGGGUAUGGAAAUUUCGUCCAAUUGGUCGAUUGUAGAACAUUAGACAAUUUAAUUGCAACAGGAUUUUCAUGAUUCGUGCAAGAGCCCG